AAUAAGGAGUCUCCCCCUACCGACACAGCAGUGCGGUACGACUCUUCUCUUUUAGUUCCCUAAGAGGCUUGAUCCAGCGUUAAAAUCAGACUGGCGAGAUUAUAAUUCACUCCCUUCACGCUACCCCCAGCCCAGCUGUCCUGAUUUUACUUAUCGCCCUACGGCACGGUAACAAUUCUGGCUUUCUUCAUUCAAGGACAGGCAGAGGAGGGGAAGAGUCCGGUGGAGAGGCGCUGAAGCAAAGCCGGCUUGUGAACCGGAAUCGCCAGGUCUUACUGAGCUUGGCUCAGAACAGUGAGAUCAUCGUAGUUUCCCAAACAACAAAAGAAAAGACACCAUGAAGACCUCAGACUUUUUCCUUCUGCCUGCUGUGCUCCACAUGUUACUCUUCCACUGCUGUCUUGCACAGAGUGAAUCCGACCUCAUAGUAGCGACACGGUUGGGCCGUGUGCAGGGUGUACGCUUGCCUGUUCCAGACCGGAGUCAUGUGAUUGCUUUCUUGGGGAUCCCAUACGCUGAACCUCCUAUUGGGAAGAGACGUUUCAAGAAAGCAGAGCCCAAAAAACCCUGGAAUGGAAUCUUCGAGGCUAGAGACUACCCAAAUGCCUGCUAUCAAUUUAUAGACACCUCUUACCCAGGCUUUCCAGGCAGCGAGAUGUGGAACCCCAACAGAAUGAUGAGCGAGGACUGUCUUUACCUUAAUGUGUGGGUACCUCCUACCCCUAGGCCGCAGAGCCUCGCGGUAAUGGUCUGGAUAUAUGGUGGCGGCUUCUAUAGUGGCUCCUCCUCUCUAGAUGUCUAUGACGGACGGUACUUGGCUUACUCUGAAAAGGUAGUGGUUGUGUCUAUGAACUAUCGUGUUGGAGCUUUUGGAUUCCUCGCCCUCAAUGGCUCAUCGGAAGCACCAGGAAAUGUGGGUCUCCUUGACCAGAGGUUAGCCCUCCAGUGGGUCCAAGAAAACAUCCCCUUCUUCGGCGGUAACCCAAAACAGGUCACCAUUUUUGGAGAAAGUGCUGGGGGAGCAUCAGUUGGUAUGCAUGUUCUGUCACCAGACAGCCGCCCAUUCUUCACUCGUGCCAUAAUGCAGAGCGGUGUUCCUAAUACCCCCUGGGCUACUGUUAGCUUUGAUGAGGCCCGUCGGAGGGCCACCUUGUUGGGCAAACUUGUUGGCUGCAGCGAAGGUAACGAUACUGAGCUGGUUGACUGCCUGAGGAACAAACAUCCACAGGAACUAAUUGAUCAGGAGUGGCAAGUGCUCCCCUAUAGCAGCCUGUUCCGCUUUUCCUUUGUGCCUGUCAUAGAUGGCGUUUUCCUUCCUGACACCCCAGAAGCUAUGAUUAACUCGGGUAACUUCAAAUACACUCAGAUCAUGUUGGGUGUAAAUCAGGAUGAGGGAUCUUACUUCUUGCUGUACGGUGCACCGGGAUUCAGUAAAGACAAUGAGAGUCUGAUAUCUCGAGAAGACUUUCUUGAAGGUGUGAAGAUGGGUGUUCCUCAUGCUAAUGAGAUUGGCUUGGAGGCAGUUAUACUUCAGUACACUGACUGGAUGGAUGAGAACAACCCCCAAAAGAAUCGAGAUGCAAUGGACGAUAUUGUAGGAGAUCAAAAUGUCAUCUGUCCACUACAGCACUUUGCAAGGUCAUAUGCUCAGCACACUAGCCUCCAUACCCAGCCUGGAGCUGUAGCUCCAGGGACACUAAGCUGGGGAAACUCAGCACCAGCAAGUUACAACAGUGGCAGCUCACAGGGUGCUGUGUACCUUUACCUGUUUGACCAUCGAGCCUCAAACUUGGCCUGGCCUGAGUGGAUGGGAGUAAUCCAUGGUUAUGAGAUUGAGUUUGUGUUUGGCCUGCCAUUAGAAAAACGACUCAAUUACACAGCAGAAGAAGAGAAACUCAGUCGACGAAUGAUGAGAUACUGGGCCAAUUUCGCCCGCACCGGAAUCCCAACAUUAACACUGAUGGCACCAUGGACAGUCGGAGACGGUGGCCUCCGUAUACUGCUACUGACCAAAAGCAUGUGGGCUUGAACACCGAGCCACUGAAGGUGCACAAGGGUCUAAGAACACAGGUUUGUGCUCUGUGGAACCGCUUCCUGCCUCGUCUGCUUAACAUCACAGACAACAUUGAUGAUGUUGAGCGACAGUGGAAAGUGGAAUUCCAUCGUUGGAGCUCUUACAUGAUGCACUGGAAGAGCCAGUUCGACCAUUACAGCAAGCAGGAGCGCUGCACAGACCUCUAGAUAAAUCUAACAUAAACUGAUGACCAUGACCCUUAAUAGUCUCUUUUCAGAAGUUGCCAAAGCUUUUUCGCUGAUAGCUGUCUCAGAGUAGGCAUGAGAAUGAAUUUGUGUAUGUUGCACUUUUGUUCCUCCCUGUGUAGGAUAUUAUUCUUAUCAACCAAUGAUAUUAUGUGACAAUAUACAAGUGGUAUCUUCCAGUAUAUAAGGAGCGGAGGUGAAUUCAGGCUGCUAUUAGAGAUUAUGAAGUGCUACGGUCAUCAAAUGUAUGUAUCAGAAAAAAAUGUUAUAGUUAUAUUACCUCUAAACGGUGAGCGUGCAUGUCUGUUCCACUGGAACCUAGAAACCCUCAUUUACACUGGUCCUCAGGAUCUCACUUUUUUAUUAUUAUUAUUUUUUGUUUUCAUCCUGUUUUCUUAUAGGCUUCAAUUUAUAAAGGCUGCUUCACAGUACAUUUAUCUCCACUCAGUAUCUACCACAUCUAGUCAGUAUUUCAUGUGCUAGUUUAUCCCAUUUAACAUGUGAACUUGUCUGCUGUCUCUGCUUUCUGACUGUGGUCCAACUCAAUAUACUAAUACUUCAUGCAGAAAUCAGGAGCCAUUUAAUUUAAUGUAUGUUGUCUAACUGUACUGAAUUGUUUCUGUGUGGGCAGGUCUGUGUGUGAUAAUGUACUAAUAUUUAAAUCCAAUUUUUUAUUUUGAUUGCUACUUACAUUGCAUGCAUUCUAGUGCCCACAGCAUGACUCUUCUUAUGUGUAUGUAUGAGAGAGAAAGUCUGUGUUUACCAUAUACCAACUACAAAGGUCGAUAUACGUGGUUAUGUGUGGAAUACUUCUAGUGAAUUCACCUCUUCUUAGUUCAAAUUUCAUACGGCAUUGUAUAUUAGAGUGUUUUGUCUUAGAGGAAGAGAGCUUGGUGAGUAAGACUAAUGUUGUCUGUGUGCCAAAGGGUCAAUAUAAUUUUUCCCCCCCUUGCUGUCUCCCUCUCUCGAUGGGAAAGGUUUCUCAUUACGAUAAUGGAGGGAGAGUAAUUUACUUAGUGCUCAUUUGAAAUGACAGCACGCUGUGUCAGCCAUCUUAACUCCAGCCCUACCUUCACCCUUUUGAUGCAGUGGGAAGAUGAUGAAAGAAAACACAGGCAAAGGAAAGCUGUGAGGACAAACAAGAAUACAGGGUUAUAAAGCCACUCCUAUCAUGUUCUUUAUUUAUUGUAAUAUUUGGUGUAUUUUUUUAUGUAAAUUAUUUGCAUGAUUGCAUCAAGUAUCAAAAUAACUCACGUGGAGUGUUUUUAGUUAGUUUGGGAAAAAAAAACAGCAAAUAUUUUAUUUUUGUGUAUUUAUUAAGAGUGUGGAAUUGCAUACAUAUAUUUGCAUUUUGCCUGUGAAUCUGGAUCAAACAUUAUUUUGUUUUAUACUGUGUGAAUGUAUCAUGGUUAAUCAUUCUCUCAUAUACACUGUCCCAAUGUGCAUAUUCAUGUUUAUUAUGAACAUGCUAGUCUAUCCCUAACUUCCUGUCAGCCUGUUUCACUAAAUCUAUUGUAUUUAUCUAGAACCAUUCAUCUAGCAUUUUGUUAACACUGUGGAAAGGAUCUGACUUAGUGCUGUUAAGACAGCAGGUCUUCCAGCACACAAAACGAUUGGUGGGCACUAAGCAUUUAACCUCUGAAUAUGACUGGAAUAAUAUAGAUUAGCUUUAAACAAUUCAAUUUAAGUGGAAAUAAUAUAUUGUACUAGCUAGACAAGUGUUACACUGGCAGUAGUGUGUUUAGGCACCACACAAAUGACAGAACGAUUUCUACCAAGGGGUACCCACUCCCCCGGAACACUUGCUUAGGGCCCCUAAAACUCUAAACACAGCUGCAUACGGUAUGAUUAUGCAUGUUUGUUUAUGGGCCUGAAUGUCAGCUGCUUUUCCUUCCACUCCAUGAAAUCCCCUUGUGCAUGCCCUAGACACCUCCUCCUCUGUAUUAUGUGCUUUAAAAAAUGACUGUUAUCCUCUCUGACAAUAUUAGUGCUGAUGUCUGUUAAUAAUAUAACAUAUUUAUGGCUAUAAAAGCAUUAUAAUAACCCAGAUAUAGAUAAUGAUGUUAGCAAUAACAAAAUACACUUAAAAUGGGAUAUUUAUUUGAAUGCAUUGAUGCUCAUGUAAUAUCACUGACUUGACUGAUAAAAACAGUGGUCAUGAAUUGACAGCAAUGAUCAUGGGUGUUGUAACAGUCUAUAAAUCAACUGUUUCUUCAAAGCAAUAUAGAGUGCCAUAUGCUAUCUUACAGAUAUUUUUCUUCAGUUUUUAAUGUUGUGUGUCAAACUUAUUUUUUUUAACCAAUUUUAGUAUGGCUUUAUAGUUUUCCUAAUUUUAAAAAUUUAGGCAAGCAAAUUAGUUAUCACAAGUUGCCAUUGAAGAUACCUUCCUCCUAAUUUCAUCACAAAGAUAAAAAUGUUAUCUAUAAAUACUAUAUUGUAAAUCCAUAUUAUUCUACCCCACAUAUAUGUAGAACAAUGCACAUGACUGAACAAGCAUAUUAUGUUCUGCAUUUGUUGCACUUUGACAACAUACAUAUAUUUCUAAUAGCAAUCACUGUUAUUCUUGUUCUUGUUUAUUUGAUUAUUAUUAUUAUUAAUAAUUUGGUCCAGAUAUUGCCUGCUGUGUCAAAUUAGUGCCAAACAUGUAUAGUGACAGCAUCGUGCAAACCCUCUGCAUGAUGUUAUUUGUCUUAUCCGCCCUCUCUGGGCACCAUAUCAGAAGCUUUCCAACACAACCUCAAUAAACAGUUAUUGACUUAGGAAA